AUGCGGAUCUUGACAUGGAACAUUAACGGAGUCCGUACACUCCCUCAAUACCACCCAUGGAACACCCUCAAAGCGCACGACGACAUUCUAAACCACCUAGAGGCAGACAUAAUCUGCUUUCAAGAGAUGAAAUCAUCACGCCCCGCCCUACCAAAACAAGUGGCCGUCCCACCAUCCUAUGACUCCUUCUUCUCCUUUCCCAUAAGAAAGUCAGGCUACUCCGGAGUAGCUACCUAUACGCGCCACAGUGCUGUCAUCCCUCUCAAAGCCGAAGAAGGCCUUAGUGGGGUUUUGCAGCCUAAGCCGCCGCUAACCGCAGCUGAACGCAUAUCGGAUUCGGACAAUUACCCACCUAACGCUGAAACCGCGUCUAUAGAGGGGGAUCUUGACUACGCCGAUUUAGACAGCGAAGGCCGAACAGUCAUACUCGACCUUGGUUUAUUCGUGCUCAUCAAUGUGUAUUGCCCAAAUGACGGGAACGGUACAGAGGAACGAGACAAGUACAAAAUGGAUUUCCACCGGCUCCUUGAAAUGCGGGUGGUGGGGCUAAUAAAGGAGGGCAGGGAGGUGAUGGUCGUGGGGGAUUUGAAUGCGUGUGCGGCUAUCAUCGACCACUGUGAAGGUCACUUGAUGGUUGCGAAGGGCCUUGCAGAGGGGUUGCAGGGUGAGGAGGGAUUUUGGGGAAAGGAUUCGAGGAGGUGGAUGAGGGGGUUUUUGGUUCCCGAGGACGAGGGGAUGCCUGGCGGUUUCAUGAUCGAUAUUGUCAGGAAGUUGUGGCCUGAACGGAAGGGGAUGUAUACCUGCUGGAACACGAAGAUCUCUGCGCGCGAUUCAAACUAUGGUACACGUAUCGAUUAUAUCCUUAUUACACGCGGGUUGCUUCCAUGGGUCAAAGCUGCGGAUAUCCAACCUCUGAUCAAAGGAAGCGACCAUUGUCCGGUUUACGUCGACCUAUUCGAUGAGAUCACUGACCCUACGACCGGGGCUGUGGUUGAGCUACGGCGUGCGAUGGGCUUGCAAGAUGAUGGGAGGAAGGAUCCUCCGCGGUUGGCUGCUAGGUUUUGGGAUGAGUAUUCGGGGAAGCAGACCCAGCUUCAUAAGUUUUUUGGGCAAAAAUCUAAGGGGAGUGGGAGCAGUGAUACUCCGUGUCCCGCUUUAGUCCCAAGCCCCAGUCCAAUCAUUGUUGACGACAAUAAUUCGGCGACGAUAACACCAUCUUCCACACCCAUUCCAACCACUCAAACCUCAACCAGCGGUUCCUCCACUACGAAAUCAAGUCCAGUGCCCUCAUCCCCACUCCAACAACCUUCUUCCUCUCAGCCCCGACCACCUUCCUCAUCACCACCGCCAGUACCCAUAUCCACGAAAAGAAAACUCGUAGCUGAUAUCCGGUCGACGUCGAAGAAGCGAAAACAGAGGGAAGAAGAGGAGAAGAAACCAAGUCAACAGUCCAUCGCCAGUUUUUUUGCAAAGCCGAUGAGAAAGCCAAAAGAUUCGUUGCCCCCAGCUAGUUCAAGUAUCAAAGCGAAAGGAAAGCAGAGAGCCCCGGAGGGCGAUGUGGACCUUGAAGAAGAUUAUCAAUUCGCUCUUCAGCUCUCUCAGCUAAACGAACCCCUUGUGCCUUCCAAAUCUCAAUCCAAGAACAGCAAAAGCCAUGGGGGCAAGGGCACAGCCGAGUGGACGAACCUCCUUGCUCCCAUCCAACCGCCGAAAUGUAUUGUUCACGGUGAACUAGCGAAAGAGCUCACCGUGACGAAGCAGGGGGCUAAUAAGGGGAAGCGGUUUUUCAUCUGUGCCAGGCCCGUUGGACCAGGAUAUGAUAAAGGUCGCGGGGAAAGGCUGAGAGAGCAUGUGGAUCCACAUUGGAAGUGCGAUUUCUUCAAGUGGUCGAGUGAGGUGAGGAGGGAGAUGGUUCGGAAUGGAAAUUCUGGUGCAGAUGUUGGCGUUUCUUGA